GCCGAUAUCAACCCUCCUUUAAAAUGAACCCAGGUCUUCUAGAUGGGUUUCCAUUCAAAAUUUGACCCCCCCCUCUAUUUUCUCCCCAUCAGUCAGAUCUACCGCCAGGACUGACCUGAGACCCAAAUUAAUGCUGCUCAUCCCCCCCUCUAAACAGCCUACAGAGUCAUCCUAUAUCGGACCCAUCUCACCCGUCUGACCCGUCCUGCUCCCUCCGAGAAGGAUCCAGACUGGUGAUCCUUUUACCUUUUGUUCUCGGACUUCUGACCGGAAUUGAUUGAGACUUUAGGUAUCUCUGUCUGCUUAGAAAUGUCUCCUUGCGGUGAACAAUUACGUGCUCCUUCUCGGGCAAUUAUCCCGCCGGACCAGAAAUGAAAAAUCUCUACACUCACCACUCUUUUCGCGGGGCUUCCUUCGUAGAUGUCCUUCGAGCAACGUAUUCGCUAAUCAACCUCUUUUCCCUUUUUCCUUCGGGCCGCAGACUACAUUUCAAAGUCUAUUAUCCUUGUUUCUUGACAACUCGCUCCGGGUUGUGCCACCACCUCCGUUCGCAUCCGGUCUCGAUUUAGCCUUCCGGACCGUACAACUUCUGGAACGCCGCCACCCCUCCCUAUGUACCUGGUAAUCCCGAGGAACAUCAUCCCGCCGCCUCUUCUCUGCGUAUUACAUAUCCCCCCCCAGAGACUCGUGCUGUACACCUUCACACUUGCAUGAACCCUCUUGAAUCUGGUCCGUUUCUGCAGUUCCAGAUCUGCAUGGGCGAGUCACUCGUCUAUCGCGUGCCUCAACUUUAAGCCCACGUGCCCGUUCUCGUGCUCCCAUCUCCGGGCCCUGAUCCUUGUGAAUUUCUCCCUAUUUACAUAACAAUGCUACCUCCCGUGCCUUCGCUGGCAGACUACGGCAUCUCGCCCGAUUAUGGAUUUCUCUCGCCAGAGCCGCCCCUGGAGACUUUGCCAGAUCUUUACUACGCCAAGUGGGAGGCAGUCGUCGCAAACCUGCAGCCGUUACUGCUAAGCAAGCGCAUUCGACAAGUGGUGGACCGACUGCCCAUUCUCUCCACGGAACAUUUGCAUACAGAUGCCGAGUGGCGUCGAGCUUAUGUCGUCCUCGUGUUCAUGCUGCACAGCUAUGUCUGGGGUGGAGAACGUCCAGCCGAGAGGAUCCCUCCACAAUUGACAGUUCCCUUAUUCGCAGUCUGUGAGCGGUUAGAAGUACCCCCAGUUGCAACCUAUGCCGGUGUCUGCCUCUGGAACUACAAGCCGAUCUUCCCGGACGAGCCCGCCGAUAGCCUAAGCAAUUUGGCCUGCCUGCAAACCUUCACCGGCUCACUAGAUGAGCAAUGGUUCUACUUAGUCUCCGUAGCCAUCGAGGCGCGGGGUGCCCCAUCCAUUCCUCUGAUGCUGCAAGCUAUCACUGCAGCCCGGUUGGGCAAGACUCGCGUGGUAACCGAAUGUCUCCAGCGCUUGGCGGAAAUCCUAGAUGAGAUUACCUCGUUGCUCCAGCGGUUAUACGAAAACUGCGACCCAUAUGUCUUUUACAAUCGCAUUCGACCCUACCUGGCCGGUAGCAAGAACAUGGGCGAUGCCGGACUACCACAAGGCCUUCUUUACGACGACGGUCGCAACCCACCCCAGUACCGCCAAUACGGCGGUGGAAGCAACGCUCAAAGUUCACUUAUCCAGUUCUUCGAUAUCGUGCUUGGUGUCGAGCACCGCCCGACUGGGGUGACUCGCCAGGACCGGAGUACAGCUCCACCGACCGAAGACGCUCCCAAGUCCCGUCAUGGAUUCAUUCACGAGAUGCGCGCGUAUAUGCCAGGUUCUCAUCGACGAUUCUUAGAGGACGUCGAUUCCAUUGCCAACAUUCGCUCCUUUGUCCAAGCGCGACAGAGCGAUCCCGCGUUGCGGCUCGCCUACGACGCCUGCCUCUCCAUGCUGCGCAACAUGCGCGACAAACAUAUCCAAAUUGUCUCGCGCUAUAUUAUUGUUCAAUCUCGUGGUGCUCGUCGAGCAUCGCAGUCUGGCCAAGCACCGCCAGCGAUGAACCUUGCCACGGUCGUUCCCACUGACAGCAAGAAGCUACGUGGAACGGGUGGUACCGCACUUAUUCCGUUCCUCAAACAGGCACGGGAUGAGACCGGCGAGCCUGCGAUUGAUGCUUGGGCUCGACGGCUGCUCAGCAAUAGUCCGGGAGUUCUCGAUUCUGUCGCCUUGAGCAAGAUCGGUGAGCAGCCGGACGGUCAUCUCGAAAUCGUUGGAUUAUGUGGGAGCUGGAAGGCAGAUGAUAGCGAAGGUGGGAUCUGCCAUUGGUGAUCUCAUUGCUAGAUCCGAGAGAAUUACUAGGUGGUGACCGUUUGUCUUGUCUUCAUUCUCGAGCGUUGCAUUUAUCAUGAUCUGCGUUUCUUUGCAGUUGCAGCGAAUAUGGGUACCGGGCGUUCUGGGAGAGUUUCUAGCGUGAUUCACACGUUUCUUUGUACAUACAUUUUUAGAGUCCUAGUGAUGUACUAAUCACUUUCGUAUAUUGCAACAAAAUCAAGGUAGUCUACCGAGUAAAUCGGGGUGACGGUGACAGCGUCAAAGGGCUUACAUCAGCGAU